CUCCAAGGGAAUAUUACCAUCCAUAGCAACAAAUACAACAAAGAAACCUACACCAACAAUAUUAACAAGAUAACCACGAAUCGUCGCAAUGUCGAAUCCAAACGAUCCUCCCCUCGAUGAGAUCCAAUGGCGCUCUCCUAUGGCGAUUCAGCAGAUGGGCGGCCUGCACAACAACACCAUCCUCUUCUACUUCGCAGAGUCGCCCUUCUUCGAGCGCACGUCGAACAACGCCGUUGUAUAUAACCAAGCCAUGAAUGUACCAUCGAUGUAUCCAGUCAUUCAGACACGCGAAGCCUUCGAGACACAUCUCAACACCAUGUCGGGCCUUGAAUUCAGGGUUGUAGAAGAACCUGCUGAGACUGGCCCUGGAGCUGGUACAGGUGUAUGGGUCAUUCGCAAGCAAACGAGACGAAAGUCGGCAUAUGACGACGAUGAGAUUACUGUUCACGCCACAUACUUUGUCGUGGGGGAGAAUAUCUACAUGGCACCAACUCUUAGUGCCAUUCUUUCAGCAAGAAUUUUGACUAUAUCUUCACAAGUUACCAAUGCUGUGACAACUGCUGAGUCAGUCAGAAAAUGGGGUCCCUCUGUGGGUAAUUUUUACCAGCUCCCAUCAGCCAAGACGUCAACAAAGCCAAAGAUCCAGAACUCUGCAGCGGCGACCCCAAUGCCUGUAUCAGACGAAGCCAGCAAAGCUCCGACUGCCCCUACAGCAGCCGCGCAGAAGGAUGACGAGAAGUCUCUGGAAAGACUUGCAGAAGAGUCUUUCAUGAUUCACAUGAAGUACGGCGGCGAAUACAUCGACGAGAACCCUAUCACAGGUCGCCCAGGAGAGUUCCACCUUACAACAACAGGCCGCAAACCACCACAAAUUGCAAAGACGGAUGGUCCCAUCAGGAGUAUUAAUGCGCCAACAAUCAACACAAAGGUCGAUGAUAAGAAGGAGAGCAAGGAGAGAACACCCAAAUCAGCGACUGCCCCCAAGCCUAGGCGUAAGAAGAGCAAAAUGGUAAAUUCUACUAGCACACCAGCUGCGUCUUGAAUUAUUACCAGCAAGGGAUUGGCGUUGACGUAGGGGAAAAAGUUGUCUUUAGUGUUUAUACAGUAAUUUGAUACCCCAAUACAGUUCAUUAUUGUGCUC